AUGACGACGAGCACUAAUGACACUCUCCGCCCUUCCGCCAACAAUCGCUUACCAUCGCUCAAUCAGCUUGCUGCUCGCAUCAACAUCAAUGUUCCACCAACCCAAUCGCCCAGUUCAUCGUCAUCAACAACAGCUCCGCGACCUCGCCUCGCCGCAUUUGCACUGCGGACCGGCUCGACGACAUCAGUCGCUUCCUCCGUAACGACGGCAGACUCCGUCGCUGUCAACGCACCCACGACAAGAUCGGCCUCGCCAUCGACGCCUCCAGCUGAAGAAGUUGAAGUCGUUUCUCCAGGCGGGGAACCGCUGACGGCGGAGAAGCUGGAGAAACACAAUCAGCUGGAGGGUGAGAAGAAGAAUGUGAAGGUUGGAUACAAGAACAUCCCGAGUCUGGAUGCGAUCACUGCCAGGCUCGCCAAGACUCGUGCGCUGAGCAUCGAUGGCUCGGCUAAGCCACCGGAAGCGGAGAUGAUUGAGGAUCCGAAGACGCCAGGCGUGCCGAUGAAGGCGCCCGAGCACCCGCUGCAGUAUCUUUGGACGAUCUAUCACGAUACGAAAGCCAAAUUUCCCUACACCCCCGCCUCGAACUCGCAGCCUUCCACCGCCACAGACGGUACCUUCUCCCACUCGACCGAAUCCAAUGACUAUGAAGCUGGUCUUACUGUCAUUGGCGAGUUCAACACUGUCAAAGACUUUUUCCGGUACUUCAACUGGCUGAAACCGCCCUCCAAGCUCGAGCGCAAUUCGAAUUACCACCUCUUCAAGUCGGGUAUCAAGCCCAUGUGGGAGGACGAGGCUAACGCGAACGGGGGCAAGUGGGGUAUCGGUGCUGGAAACUGGCUCGCCAUGGCCUUGGUAGGCGAGGAGCUUGAGGAGGGCGACGAGAUCUGUGGGGCGGUCGUCAGUCUCAGGAGCAAAGUCGAUAGGAGCCAGGUCUGGACGAGGAGCAAGGACGACAUCGAGAAGCUCAAUGGUAUUGGGAGGAAACUCGUCAAGCUGCUCGACGUCUCUGAAGCAGAUGGGAUUGGGUUGGAGUUCCAGUAUAAUACGGACGACAGGCCACAGCCGAACAAGUUUUUGUCGAUCCAGGCGAUGCCCCAGACGGGUUAUCGAAAGUCGGAUUUGCAGUCUCCUGUUCUGAGUCCAGGCGCUUUUGGAAGCUUUGGUGUUGGGAUUGGGGGUGGUAGUGCAUGGAGGGGGUCCAAGAGGUCUUGAUUAUCGAAAAAUUGUAAUGUAAUUCGUUGUUCGGUUCUGCUAUUUGACGGCUUUUUCUUGAGGAUUUGAUGGUCGUGACGUGAUAUUCUUGCGCAAAUUCUGCUUGCUAUGCCGUUCAGCGUUGAUAUUCCGCAAUUACGGCAAAGUUGUUCUUGCUGUGGCAGCGUGAUUUACGGGCGGCUACGGUCAGGAUGGAUCUUGCUAUUACUCGUAUAUCGUGGGUAUUGGUCAUCGAAUCUAUUAUAUCGUACGUAGCCCUUCAACAUCGAAUCCGUGCUUUUCCCUUCAAAC